UCGGAGACGAGGCCCAGCUGCGGCCCACUCGACGAGCUUCGAAGCUGAGCGGGCGUUCUUUGCGCACUGAGCGCUGAACUGAGCGGUCAGUGGGACACGGCCUUACCGCGAGCAUGGAUGCAGGGCUGCGGUUUGCGACCUUCGUCGCCGCGGCUGCUGCGAUGCUCGCCACAUCUCCAACCACAGCCGAGUACUCGUCAAGAGAUCGGCCUCGGAUUGUGCUGGACAACGGCAACAUGGUGUUCCAGGUGCCCAGCGCUAAGAAUAUCAGCUUCCGCACCACCUCAGGACGCGGUGGCAUUUUUCUCAAUGGACGUGACGUCGCUGAGGUCCUCGCCAAGGUCUCAGAGGCAGCGCGGACUAUUGAACCAAUGGCGACGAACACUCAGCUGCAAGAACUGGCAGAAACUGUAGAGACCGUGACGACGUUGCGCUCGCAAAUGGGCCAGUUGAGCACAAAAUUUCGACAACUGCAAACAAAGGUUCGGAGGUUAGAGGCCAAUUUCACUCGGGUGGCGAGAGUAUCCAUAAACCGGCUGGUGACGGCGCUUCGAAGACUCCGCAAUGGGCUGAACCAAGAUCCCUGUGCCUCAAAUCCAUGCAGCCACGGUGGCACAUGCAUCGGUCGCUUCAACGCAUUCACCUGCAUCUGUCCACCGUCAUGGGAGGGACCUCGGUGCGAAGUGGACGUGGACGAGUGCUCCCACUUGGCGGGAAGUGAUCUCGGCUGCCAAAACAACGCCCGGUGCAUAAAUACGCCAGGAAGCUACCGCUGCGAGUGCGCCCAAGGGUUUUACGGGGCUCGUUGCACCGAGAGUCAGGAUAGCUGCACGACGGCGAGCUCGCACUCGCUCUGUGACCACGGGACCUGCGUCAGCCUGCCUCGGACCAACAAUCCGCCGUACAUGUGUCUGUGCGAACAAGGUUGGACCAAGGGUUUCGGCCAGCCGGCGUGCUCCGUGGAUGUGGACGAGUGCAGUACGGGUCAUCAUUUCUGCUCGAGAAACCCGCCUGUGGCCUGCAUCAACUAUCCGGGAGGCUUCGGAUGCGCACCAUGCCCGAGUGACGAACCGACGGCGGCAUUGGAUCCCGAGACGCGGCGCAGCAUAUGGACCUUGCUAAAAAAGCUACGUGGCAAAGCCAGCAUACUGCUCUCCACGCACGACAUGGAAGAGGCUGAUGUUCUGGCCGAUCGGAUCAUCGUUAUGUACAGCGGCAGUAUCGUCUGCUGGGGAUCGCCCAGCUUUCUCAAGAACGCGUGUGGUAUUGGCUACAAGCUACGCAUUCAAAAGGAACAGAAGGUCUUCAAGGCUGAUGCAGUCCUCGCUGUCGUGAAAAAUACUGUACCUCAAGCGACUGUUGAGGAAGAGAAAGACAAUGAAGCGAUAGUCGCUCUAAACACCAUGGAACGAGGCAGCUUUCCGGCUAUGUUCCGGCAGCUUGAAGACGGGAGCAAAAGACUUGGCAUUCAAAGCAUGGGAGUGUCGGUGGCAACGAUGCAGGAUGCCUAUAUAAAGGCGGACGCGUAUAGAAGUGACAGUGGACCACCCACUGCACUCGACUUCUUCCUGGUGUACAAGGGACAGGUCAUCCUGGCAUUAAAGCCUGAAACGCUGGAGCACAUUCUCCUGCAAUGCGUGCAAUACUCCGACGAGCGUCGCAUCCUCGUCGGAAGCUACCGAGAGCAGGGACUCGCCACCAACAGUGUCGACGAGUUUCUAUUCCCGAAGGCGCACGGGACUAUCAUCAAACGUGCCCACAGUGCGCUGCUGGAGUUCCUCGUGUCCUGCGCGCUCUUUGAGCGCCUCUAG